UCUGGAUCUAAGUUAAUGUUCAUAGUUAUUCACUUCACACAUUUCUUCAACUAUUCCUUUGACGAGAACUCUCAAGAUCUCUAAAAGAUCAAGAAACAAUAAUGGAGGUUGAAGGUGAGAUCAACAACUUCAUCAUCGUAUGGACUGUAGCUGCAGCAUCAUUGUGUUACUGUCACACAAUUGGGAAGCUCAUUCCCAAAGGCACACUUAGACUCAUCUUCCUCCUUCCUGUAAUUCUUCUCUUUCUUCUUCUUCCUCUCAGACUUACCUCCAUUAUUCUCGGAGGUCCCUCUGCUUUCUUCCUCUCUUGGCUCUCAACUUUCAAGCUUUUUCUUUUCGCUUUUGGUAAAGGUCCUCUUUCACCAACCCCACCACUUUCACAGCUUUCUCUCUCACAUUUCAUCCCUCUUGCUUGCCUCCCUAUUAGGUUUCAUCAGUUUCAGAUCAAACCUAAAAAGUCUCAUAAAUCCAAGUCUCUGGUUUUGAGGAUGAAGCUUCUGGUUUUGCUCACUUCUAAGCCCGUCGUUGAAAACAAAGAACGUAUGAAUCAAAAGCUCGCUUUGUUUUUGUAUAGUAUUUACAUGUAUAUAGCAUUGGAGAUCAUUUUGAAUGCCGUCUCAGUGCUUAUUACUCGAAUGUUGUUUCUUGGGGCUGAGUUGGAUCCACCGUUCGACGAGCCGUACAUGGCCACCUCGCUGCAAGACUUCUGGGGAAGAAGAUGGAACACAACGGUGAACCGUAUUCUACACCCCACCGUGUACGAUCCUGUCCUGGGGACGUGUAGCCUCGUGAUUGGGAGAAGGUGGGCUCCGUUGCCAGCCAUAGUUGCGACUUUCAUGGUGUCUGGGUUGAUGCAUGAGCUGAUAUUUUAUUACAUCAAGCGGGAGAAGCGCACGUGGGAGGCUUGGGAGCCCACGUGGGAAGCGACAUGGUUCUUCCUGCUUCAUGGGGUGUGUUUGGCCGUUGAGGUGGCCAUCAAGAAAGCAACGAGGGAGAAGUGGCGGUUGCCGGCGGCGGUGUCGGGGUUGAUGGCGGCGGCUUUUGUGAUGGCGACGGGGUUGUGGUUGUUUGUGCCGUCGCUUGAUAGGUGUCGUGUGGAUGUGAAGGCGUGGAGAGAGUGUGCUGCUUUCAUAGAGUUCGUCAAGAAUGCCUGUGGCUUCUUAAGAUUCUCAUGUUUUUCGGUCAUAAUAAAAAGAUAAUAAUUUGAUCAUUUUUUAUGAUGUGUCAUGCUGUUUGGCUUUAUUUUCCUGGAAUUAGAUUGGCUUA